GCAGAAUGAAAAUAAAAGAAAAAGAGGGAAGGGCGAUAGAAAGAGAGGAAUACACACAGAGAGGAGAGCGUAGUGUGACAUCACAUCUUCCAGCCCCUCUCUCUCUGGCACCUUUGCUCCAGUUCUCGCCGAGGAGGCGCAAACACAGUUUCUCGCUAUCCUCCUUCAGCGCUCGUAAAAAGGGGCAGGACCGCGGUAAAAGGGGAAAAGGAAAAGGAGGAAAAAAACUGACAGGAUGAACAACAGUUUCCUAAGCAUGGCGUCGAUAGUAGAUUUCGACCCGCUCAACCCUUCUGUUCCUGCCACCAAAGUUGAAAUCACGGUGUCCUGCAGAAACCUGCUGGAUAGGGACACCUUCUCCAAAUCAGACCCAAUAUGUGUACUCUACACACAAGCCAUGGGCAACAGGGAGUGGAGAGAGUUUGGCAGAACAGAGGUGAUUGACAACACGCUAAACCCAGACUUUGUUCGGAAAUUCAUUUUGGAUUACUUCUUUGAGGAGCGACAGAACCUCCGGUUUGACCUGUAUGAUGUCGAUUCGAAGAGUGCCAACCUGUCGAAACACGACUUUCUCGGCCAAGCCCACUGUACUCUGGGAGAGAUAGUCGGAUCGUUGGGCAGUCGCUUGGAAAAACCUCUUGGAGGCAUUCCAGGGAAGAAAUGCGGGACCAUUAUUGUGAAAGCUGAGGAGCUGAACAACUGCAGGGAAUCAGUGAUGAUGCAGUUCUGUGGAAACAAGUUGGACAAAAAGGAUUUCUUUGGCAAAUCCGACCCCUUCCUGGUCUUCUACAGGAGCAACGAGGACGGCACGUUUACCAUCUGCCAUAAGACGGAGGUGGUGAAGAAUACACUGAACCCCGUUUGGCAGGCUUUUAAAAUCCCCGUUCGUGCUCUUUGCAACGGUGACUAUGACAGAACAAUCAAGAUCGAGGUGUACGACUGGGACAGAGACGGCAGUCAUGACUUUAUUGGAGAAUUUAGCACCAGCUACAGAGAACUAUCCAGAGGACAGAGCCAGUUCAACGUCUAUGAGGUGGUAAAUCCAAAGAAGAAAGGAAAGAAGAAAAAAUACCUCAACUCUGGAACGGUAACCCUCCUGUCAUUCCUGGUGGACACUGAAGUCACCUUCCUGGACUACAUCAAAGGAGGGACCCAGAUUAACUUCACUGUGGCCAUCGACUUCACAGCUUCCAAUGGUAACCCAGCCCAGCCCACCUCACUCCACUACAUGAGCCCCUACCAGUUGAAUGCCUACGCCAUGGCUCUGAAGGCAGUCGGAGAGAUAAUUCAGGACUACGACAGUGAUAAGAUGUUCCCCGCACUUGGCUUUGGAGCCAAACUGCCACCCGAUGGACGGGUGUCCCAUGAGUUUGCUUUGAACGGGAACCCUCAGAACCCAUAUUGUGCAGGGAUUGAUGGUGUAAUGGAAGCCUACUACCAGAGUCUUAAGUCGGUUCAGCUUUACGGCCCCACUAACUUCUCUCCUGUUAUCAACCAUGUGGCCAGAUACGCAGCAUCUGUGAAGGAUGGCUCUCAGUACUUUGUGCUCCUCAUCAUCACAGACGGGGUCAUCUCAGACAUGGCCCAGACCAAGGAAUCUAUUGUCAAUGCCUCCUGCCUGCCGAUGUCAAUUAUCAUUGUGGGAGUAGGGCCUGCAGAAUUUGAUGCCAUGGUUGAAUUAGACGGUGAUGAAGUCAGAAUCUCUUCUAGAGGAAGAUACGCCGAGAGGGACAUUGUUCAGUUUGUCCCGUUCAGGGACUACAUCGAUCGAACGGGGAACCACAUCCUAAGCAUGGCCCGGCUCGCCAAAGAUGUCUUGGCUGAGAUUCCAGACCAGUUCCUCUCCUACAUGCGGACCCGCGGGAUAAAGCCUUCUCCGGCGCCGCCUCCAUACACACCACCAGGGCAACCCCUCCAAACCCAGAUCUGAGGAGCAAGGCUGGAAAAGGUUUUGGAGUCAGGGGUUCGCUGAACUUGUCACGCGAAAUACUUCCAUUUCCUUAAAGCCGCUCUCCAUGCCUUGUGGUUGUGGAUCACAGUGGUCUUUCUUGUGUUCAGAAAGCUGCAUGCCGGGCCAGGAGAGUGACGCUUUUGAGGGCAGGAAAAAUGAGAGUCUGUUUACUUCCACUGUCAAGCAUUCCUGUUAUUGUCUGGAUUUUUUUUUUUUUUACCUGCUUAUUUUAUGCUUGGAAAGAUUUUGGAGAAAGUUCAAAGAGUCUCAAUUCAAAUUGUGGCAGAAAUAAGAAAGAAAUGAAGGAAAGCAGUAUAAAAACAGCUGAUCUUACUUUUUAAAGAGAAUGUCUCCAGACAAAUGAAGGAGUUACUUGAUCUUAAAUGAGCAGUAAUUUCACUUGUAAAUAACUGGACAUAUAUAACUUCUUCUUUCUUUCUCUUUCUCUCCAAAUCACUCAUUGUUUACAGUAAAUGCUAACGAGGAUUUUUACUGUUGAUACUUUUAUAUAGUUUCAAUAUGAAGCUUGUAAUACUCUCUUUCUUUCUCUCUCCUGGCAUCCAUGCCAGGUAGCAGCAGUGCAGGUCCUGGUAGCCCUUCUGUACCGUACUGUACUGUGCUGUACUGUACCGUACUGUAUUCUAGUGUUUGUAUUAAACUUUUGCAUGAGUGUAGCCUCAGUCAACUGCAUGCAUAUAGUGGCCCUGCACUACCUCUUUUAUCCAUCUGUCUGUCUGUGGGGGAUGAGUGUCUGUCUGCCAGUAUCUUCAUUCAUCUGUCUUCUUCAACCUUAUCUGUCCAUCUUUCUCAAUCCUUUGUUCUUUUCUACAUUUGUCACUUUUAGCUGUCUUUCCAUCCAGCCUUUUUUUUUGGCUAGUUUAAUUGAAAAAGCAAAAUUUUAUGCUAAUCGGAAAUAAGAAGGGAUCAUUUAGUUAUUUUUUUUUUUUUCAUUUUUUUUUUUCAUGUAAUAUAAUGACCUUCAUACAGGAUUUAACUUGACUGGAAAUUAUUUAAAAAACCUAGACUCUCUGUUCAUCCUAAAGAAAUGUACGCUAAAUACUAAAGGAACAGCACAGUUAGUUAGCUAGCACACAUUUUUGUAAAGAUUGAAAACUCCCAUCUUAAUGUGUAACAUUGUUAUACAUUUAAAGUCACAAGAAAAAGAAAAAGUAUCAUUAAAAACAAAUUAUAUUUAACACCAAUUAGUGACUGUUAAUAUGCUUACACGCCAAUUGCUAGACAUUAGCAUGCUAGCAUUAUCAUUGAGAACAUGCUAGUAACCUUAAUGUUAGCAUUUCAAAAGAAUGAUGCGGUUAGCAUGACUGUGAAGUCAACAAAAAAUUAAAAUGUGGCUAAUAUUAGCUACAUAUUAGGUUUUUACAUUUUUUAACCCUAUUAUUUUUUACUUUUCAAUCCCCCAUCCAAGCUCAGUGAAGAGCCUUUUGGCUGUUUAUGUAGCACUAGUUGAGAGUUGAAUGGAAACACAUGGCUACCCUGUCUUUCUGUGUCUGUCUUUCCGCUACAAACUGCCUUGGCAGUAAGAUGCGCACGUGCCCAGGGGUUUUGUCUCAUCGUGUUGUCACAUAUUCCUGCCCAAUGUGUAAAACAAUAGCAGCUGCUCUCAAACAAAAUACUGUUUGAGCAAAAAGAGCCCAGUGGUCAAAAAUGCAGAGAAAAACACAUUUUCCCUAUAUUUUUUUCUUUGCGUGGGUGUAGUGUGUUUGUACUUGAGUGCAUUUUUAUUACACCUUUAGCUUUGAUACAGCUUUGUUUUUACGAUGUGUAUUUAUAUGUGCUAAUCAUAUGAACGAGGAUGACACACGCGAGUUGUAUCCACCGUUUCGACAAGUUUCCAAUUUAAAGUCUUCUAUUUUUGUCACAAGUGUGUGAAUGCGGAGAUUUGAAUUGAGAUAUGUAUGUCGAUUGAAAUAACCUUUUAAAACAAAAGUAGAUACAAUAUUUAAAUUAAGUGGGAAUGCAACAUUUUAAUAUUCAUGUGCUAUCUCCAUCUCCUUGUAAAAAGGAGUAACCAUGAAAGCAACACUAAAAAAUAAAUAAAUAAAAAAUUGUAACUGGAAUUUUUUAUAUACUUUGGAAUACUAUACAUUGCACCGCAGCCUCACGGUAGUUUGAGAAAUAGUCACAAAUUGUUUUGAUUUGUGUUUCUGGAUACUAAUUUUACGGUUGUUUCAUGUUCCCCAACAGGACUGAACACAAUAUUAUUUUCGUAUCCAGUGACAUAUAUACAAAAAAAUUUAAUUUACUAAUUUUAAAAGGCAAACGAGUUUGCAUUAAAAUACAAUUGUUACUAAGUUGUCUGAACCACAGGUGCUGCAGACACAAAAUAGUUACAUAAUUCGUACAGUGUAUCACUCAAAAAGAAAAAAAAAACGAAACAAAAGAAAACAGUUUGUGUCUAGGAACAUGAACAAACUAUUUUUUGUGACAAUUUUACAUUUUGCUGUGAGACUGGACUGUACAUUGCUGCGUUUCUUAUUGCAUUCUCACAUUUCUCUUUCUUUUUUACAGUCUUCCCCAUGUAUUGUCACCGUAGCAGAAACUCCAUUUCGCUGAAUUUAUCAAAUGAAUGUGUGUGUACUGGUUUAGGCUUCUUGUGGCCAGCUGCUCAGUUGAAAGCAUAAAUAAGCAUAAUAAUUCAACAUUAAGAGCUCAUUGCCUAGACAGGGCACCUCUAUGCUCGCUCUAUGUCACCUAAUCAGUCCCUGCAGAGCAAACACAGACAAUAGCACCUGAUCAAACCCUAGGUGGACCUCAAGGUCAUCACAGCAUGAUACAUGCAAAAUCCCGGACUAAGCUGUUGGAGUAGAUAGAAUUUGUUUCCUAUAGCCGGUUGCUGAAAAGACAGAGAAAUUCACUGAACUACUAGAGCAAGAAACACUCUUUGCAAAUACCAGGACUGCCUAUAAAUACAGCUUUCCAUCAGUAGUUGAAACAUUGCGGUUUAAAAAUCUAACCUAAAAGAAGUGAUAGAGAGGCAAAUGUGAAUAAACCUUUUCAACAGGUCAUUUAUACAUUUCCAUCUUUUUUUUGCCUUGUCUCUGGUGACAGCUGUGGACCAAGCAAUUAAAAAAAACAAAACAAUAUUGCUUCUUUUAACUCCACACAAACAUCCGCUUAGACUUAAGGUGGAACUGCGUGGUGAAAGGUCAAACACACUGUGACCUGUGAAUACACUUUUGGCCAUAUAAUUCAUACUUAAAAAAUACCGCCAACAAAAAAUGUUUCAUAAUGGGAAUAAAUUAUAAUUUUUUAUAUCCAAAGUGUCAAAAGUCAACUUUAUUGUGAUAUAACGUUUUCUAGAAAAAACACUUUUGACCAUUAUUCAGUGCCAAACAGGAAGAUGAUGAGUCAGAUACUGAUUUGAUGAUCCUAAUAGAAGCUGCCCACCUGUUCGAUUCCUUAAAGAUGCUACAGGCUGUACAUAAUAUGAGUCUGGACACACAUGGAUGUAAACUACAACUUGAAUUGUUUGCAGACUACAACAACAGCUUGGCUUUAAUCCCAGUUUCAGUUGGCUGCCCAGAUUUAAACCCAUGCUAUUUGAACAACAAACUACCUCUUGUAGUCACACGUUCAUCAUUAAAAACUUUCCAGGGUGGAAAAUACAUCUGUUCCCUAAUUUUAAUUUCACCAAAUUUCACGAGAAGACCAGCUAAUCAGGGCAAAAUUGUCAAUUAUGAGCUGACUUAAAUACUUGAUGUUGUCAUCAUAAUCUAUAACGUUGUGAAAAUCAGGUAAUUGUGUCAUUUAAAUUCCUCAUUUACAGUUAAACUUGUUUUUUUUCUCUGAUUUUAGGAUUUUAGGCCAUUUUUCUCGUUGUUUGUUUACUGAUGAACAAACAACAAAACCCAACAAAACGUUGCUGGACCUGGUUUAGUGAACUUCAGGAUAGAAACUUUCAACUUUUUAAAAUCAAACCAGGUUUGAAAAGCAGACACUUGAAUGUAGAAUUGAAUUUGAAGUUCUGGAAAUUGGAAAACUUGAAAUUUUCUUGCUACACUUUUUGAAAAAACAGAAAACAAAUUAAACCCAAAUUCAAGCCAUUCAAAUUCCAAUAUUUCAAAUUAAGCACUACUUUUUAGUAAGGAUCAUAUUUUCGGACCUUUCUCAGCUUCCAUACAGGUUUUGUUUUGCCACGGCUCACUAACUUUGACAAGCCUCAUGAAGCCACAAGUGUGUAUAUGUGUGAACGCAUUUGAUGUAUACUGCGCGAACGUGAGCGUGUUUGUGUGCGCGCGCGUGCCUGUGAGGCGCCUUUUCUAAGCGUGUUUUAUUAGAUCAUGUGAGGUGUUAACACACGUAAGAUCUUUGUUUACUAAAGAUAUCCAAAUAAUGUAUCGUAUGCUCGUCAUAUCUUCUUAAUAAUGUGCACUAUGUUUGCAUGUACAGUUUUACAAAGGAUGCACCAGUUCCUUUUGUUGAAAACUGAGUGUUUUGAAAUAUACGAAUCUAUAUGAAAAUUAACUGUACAAAAUGGCCUUAAAUCUUUGACUGAUCUUUUUGGAAUUGUGCGAUGCCUUCUUCUGGAAAAUGACCUGUUCAAAGGAACUGAUCGUUAUCUACUUUGUGUCAGUGUUUCUAUUGCUUUCUAGUGUGUUUUCUUUGCACAAGCUCAAUAAUGGAAAAAAAAAUUCUUGUACUUUUUUGAGACCGUGAUUAAUCAGAGAAAGCAUGGUUGAAGUACUGACUGUCUGAUAAUACAUAUAACAGAUGACUAUUUCUGUAUUGAACUAUUGAUUUUUAAAUAAAUAUUCAUAUUAAACACA